GCUCGCUCUCUCUCUCUCUCUCUCUCUCUCUCUCUCUCUCCAUCGCGUUUAUCUUUUAUAUACGCUUGAGCCUCGGUAUCGCCAUGAAUCGCUUCAUCUCCUACCGAGAACUCGGCGCUGGAGCUCGACGCGCGGCUUGGAGUUGGUUCUCCCCUUCGAUCUCCUUAGCUUCUAGAAGGUCCGUGCAUUCACCAUCCUUUGCCACAGUAGAUGUUGAAGACCUUUCUAGUUCACAUCCUGCAGAAGUGAAGAACUUGGUGCAGGGCAACUGGAAGACAUCUGCUAACUGGAGUUCGAUACUUGACCCGCUAAAUGGUGACCGGUUCAUUAAGGUUGCUGAGGUUCAGGAGACAGAAAUAAAGCCACUUGUGAAGAGCUUAUCUAAGUGCCCAAAAUAUGGGCUUCACAACCCACUUCGGGCUCAAGACAGGUAUGUUAUGUAUGGAGAUAUAUCUGCAAAAGCUGCUAAUAUGCUUGCUCAACCUGAGGUUUCACAUUUCUUUACAAGGCUUAUUCAGAGAGUCUCUCCAAAGAGUUAUAAACAAGCUCUUGCUGAAGUUAAUGUUUCUCAAAAGUUUCUGGAGAAUUUUUCUGGAGAUCAGGUUCGCUUUCUAGCGCGAUCAUUUGCAGUACCUGGAAACCAUCUUGGACAACAUAGUCAUGGUUAUCGCUGGCCGUAUGGUCCUGUUGCCAUUAUCACGCCUUUCAAUUUUCCUUUGGAGAUUCCACUACUGCAAGUUAUGGGUGCACUAUACAUGGGAAAUAAACCAGUGCUAAAAGUUGAUAGCAAGGUAAGCAUUGUGAUGGAGCAGAUGCUUCGGCUGCUCCAUGAUUGUGGGCUGCCUAUGGAGGAUGUUGACUUCAUUAAUUCUGAUGGGAUAACGAUGAACAAAUUGUUGAUAGAGGCAAAACCGCAAAUGACUCUUUUCACAGGGAGCUCGCAUGUAGCUGAGAAGCUGGCUUCUGACCUAAAUGGUCGUAUAAAAUUGGAGGAUGCCGGAUUUGAUUGGAAAAUUCUUGGUCCAGAUGUUCAAGAGGUUGAUUAUGUUGCUUGGGUUUGUGAUCAGGAUGCCUAUGCUUGCAGUGGUCAAAAGUGCUCUGCUCAGUCUAUUCUAUUUGUGCAUGAGAACUGGGCUUCAACUGGUCUAAUUGAUAAACUGCAAUGUCUUGCUGGAAAAAGGAAGCUUGAAGAUUUAACUAUUGGUCCAGUUCUUACAGUUACAACAGCAAGCAUGCUUGAGCACAUCCACAAGUUGCUUAAGAUUCCAGGGUCUAAGAUUCUAUUUGGUGGUGAACCUCUGGAGAACCAUUCUAUUCCGGAAGUUUAUGGAGCCUUGAAACCAACUGCUCUUUUUGUUCCAUUAGGUGAAAUGCUUAAAACCGACAACUUUGAGCUUGUGACAAGAGAAAUCUUCGGUCCUUUCCAGAUUAUUACAGAAUACAGGCAUGAUCAGCUUGAAUUAGUUUUGGAUGCUUGUGAGAGGAUGCAUGCACAUUUGACAGCUGCUGUGGUUUCAAAUGAUCCAUUGUUCCUUCAGGAUGUAAUAGGGAGAUCAGUCAAUGGGACUACGUAUGCCGGAAUCCGGGCAAGGACCACUGGUGCUCCGCAGAACCACUGGUUUGGUCCAGCAGGCGACCCGAGGGGUGCAGGGAUUGGAACCCCGGAAGCCAUUAAGCUUGUUUGGUCUUGCCACAGAGAAGUCAUAUAUGACAUUGGGCCUUUGCCCAAGGACUGGGAAGUGCCAGCUGCUACAUAAUCUGAGGGAAAUUGAAUCGAAAAGGCCCCAGGAAGAGGAACAUAAAACAAAGGUUUUCAAAUGUGUUUUGAUUUAAAAAAAUAAAAAUCCUCGGCCAAGGUUGAGAUGUGCGCCCAACGGGUGGCAGGAGAGUUCAUUGUGACUGAUAACUGUUUACACAAUUAUUGGCCUUCUAAAUCAUAAGAAUGGCUUUCGAUGGUGGCUGAACAUCAGACCACACCAUUUGAGUGCCAUUUAGGUUUUCGGUUCGUGUUAUUUAUUGCCUUUCUUUACGUCAGUGGUGAAAAAGCUUUUGCUGAUAGAAAUCCGUUAAGUUGCCUUAACCAUCCUACCUUACAUUUUAUUAUCAAAGUAAUUUCUGUUCUUAUUUAAGCUA